UCCACCUGAUGUAAAUAUCCGCACGCUGAAGAAAGGCCUUGAAACCGGUCAGGUCGCUCCUGCGGGUCAUCGCAGGGUCCAUCAAAGCCAUAAAGCCAGCAGGAUGACCGUUUGAAGCAGACUCUUGUGGUAACCAGUUCUGGCUGGGCAGCAGCGCCGAACCAUAGUCACAUUGGACUUUAACGCACAAAAAAUUCAACAGCGUGCGAAUGUAAAGUUGUGGGUGCAAAAAAACCCGCGUUUUUAUCAGUGCCACUUAGGGUGUGGUGGACUCUUUGUGACCUCAUAGACGCGAGUGGUACCGGACUUUUAUACGGAAAACACAUUGUUGUGCUUGCAUUCCGGCUCGACUACCAAUGGGUACCAAUUAUACACCCAUUGACAAUAAUUUAAUGAGCGUUUUGCAUUUUUAAUAUUCCGACGCUCUCUUGACUGGGCGUCGUGUUUGCUCUCAGACUCAGUGAUUCCGUUCAACAAUGGUGAAGAUGUUUGAGGUUUUUUCGCGGGUUUUCAAGUGGUUCGGCGCGAAGGGUGCGACGAAGGAACCCCAAAACCCUGUGGAGCCGUUUUUUAUGUACCUGAGCGUUAUUGUAGCAUACCUAACGGCCUUUACCGGAGGCUUAUCGGUAGCAUGGACCUCUCCAGUUAUCCCCAAAUUCCAGACCGAAGAGAACCCUUUCAACCACACAGUGUCCACUACGCAAGUGGCCAUGCUUGCGUCCUUUCUUCCUUUGGGAGCGGUUUCCGGACCGAUUUUAGCAGGUUACAUCGCCGAUAGAUACGGAAGAAAGUUCACAAUGAUGCUGUUGGGGUUUCCCUCAAUGGCCGGCUUCUGCAUUCUGGCAUUUGCCCGGAUUAUUGAGCUGUGGUACUUUGCAAGGUUCUUGCUGGGGAUCGGAGUGGGAUGCUAUUUUGCCAUUUGCCCAAUGUAUGUGGCGGAAAUCUCCCAGAACCACAAUCGCGCGAAAUUCGGCUGCCUCUUCGGCGUGUUCAUCACUUUGGGCCUUUUCUACCCCUUCUCAGUAGGAGCCCACCUGAUCAUACCCCUCUAUGCGAUGACCUGCAAUAUUCCCCUGGUGGUGUUCCUGAUAGUGUUUGGCAUUUUCAUGCCGGAAACCCCGAUAUUCCUGCUGGGCAAGGGGAGGAUUCAGGAGGCUGAGGCCGCCCUGGUGAAGCUGCGCAAGAAAAAGCCCGUGGAGGUGCAGGAGGAGAUUUCGGAGAUCCUGGCGGCCGUGCAGGAGACUCAAGGCAAAGGGGGUUUCAAGGAACUGCUCAAGUCCCAACAGGCCAAGCGGGCCUUGGUCAUCUGUAUCGGACUAGUGCUGAUUCAAGAGCUCUCGGGCAUCCACCCAGUGAUGGCCUAUUUGAAGCCAAUCUUCCAGGCCAGUGGCACGAAAAUCUCCCCCGAUGUGUCCACUGUGAUCUUCGGCAUGUCGCAGAUCAGCUCCAACUUCAUCACUGCCCUCAUUGUGGAAAAAGUCGGGCGAAGAAUCCUCUACAUGGUGUCCGCAGUUGGAUGCGGUGUGGCCUGCGCCAUUCUGGGCACGUUCUUCUUCUUGCAGAAGCGCGAGGUGGACUUGGAGGGCGUCUUUUGGCUGCCUCUCACCUGCAUGGUGGCCUACAUGAUUUUCUUCAGUUGCGGCCUGGGGCCGCUGGCCUGGUCAAUUGUUGGCGAGAUUUUUCCCUCCAAUGUUAAAGGCAUCGGCUCCGGACUGACUGUAUGCGCCUCCUUCACAGCCUCUUUCGCAGUGCUGCUCACGUUUCCCCUCAUAUCAGAAGCAGCCAGCAUGGCAGCCCCAUUCUGGAUGUUCACUUUGGUGACCAUCCUCGGGCUGAUCUUCAUCUACUUCAUGGUGCCUGAGACCAGAGGGAUGACGCUUGCAGAGAUCCAAGAGACCCUCAAAAAGACUGAGAAGACGCCGAAGGAAACGCCGGUGGCUUCCAUGGAGAGUGUUACAACGUACUUUUAGGCCUUAAUAAUAAUAAUAUUUAUAGAGCACAAA